CAAAGACACAGAAAGAGAGAAGAAGGAAGAAAAAGACUGAGUCAUCCAAAACCAUAUACUUUGGAACCAAAGCUUAAGAGAGAGAGAAUAAUAAGUCUUUUUUUUAAUUUAUUUGUUUGUUUUAUUUCCACUCCUUCUUCUUCUUCUUCUUAUUCUUUGUCCGUGCCUUUCAUUCAUUCAUCACUUUGUGUGACUUUGUUCUCAUUCCUUUUCCCUUUCAACUUUCAAGUCAAAAGGGGAAAGAAUUUCAAGGGUCAAUCUCUUCUUGUAGCUGUUGAGAAUUAGGGUAACUUAUAAUAAUUUGAUUGAAUAAGGAAAAGUUUUUCCUUUUUCUGGUAAUUAUGCAUGUCUGGCCCUGUGGCCACAGUUGAUAAUUUGGAUGGAGCAGUUAUCUCUGCAGAGAGAACAAAGUCUCUUGAUGCCAUUUCCGAGGUAGACGUGUCGUCCUUAUUGAGAAACGGUGAAAGCAGUGGUCAUUCAUCUGAGAUAGUUGGGUUUAGAGUUGGGGAAGUCUUGCUUCCUAAUGGAGAGUCAUAUUCCGGGUCCCUUCUCGGCAACAUGCCGGAGGGUAGGGGUAAGUAUGUAUGGUCAGAUGGAUGUGUAUAUGAUGGUGAGUGGAGAAGGGGGAUGAGGAAUGGAAAUGGAAGGUUACAAUGGCCUUCUGGCACGGUUUAUGAGGGUGAAUUCUCCGGUGGCUAUAUCCAUGGUACAGGAACAUAUAUUGGUUCGGAUAGUCUUACCUACAAAGGGCGGUGGCGAUUGAAUCUUAAGCAUGGACUUGGUUAUCAAGUUUAUCCUAAUGGAGACAUCUUUGAAGGGUCUUGGAUCCAAGGAACGCCAGAGGGGCCGGGGAAGUAUACUUGGGCGAAUGGGAAUGUCUAUUUAGGGAAUAUGAAAGGUGGGAAAAUGUCAGGGAAAGGAACUUUGACAUGGAUCAAUGGAGACUCAUUUGAAGGAAGCUGGUUGGAUGGUAUGAUGCAUGGUCUUGGAGUUUAUACUUGGAGUGACGGCGGCUGCUAUGUUGGGACCUGGACGAGAGGUUUGAAAGACGGCAAAGGAACCUUUUAUCCGAAAGGUAGCUGUCUGCCGUCGGCACAAGAGGUUUAUCUGAAUGCCUUGAGGAAAAGAGGACUAUUGCCGGAUUUGAGGAGGCAGAAACAGGCUCAUAUUCAUCAUGCUUCUUCGGUUGAUAUGGGAAAUGUCAAGGUCAGUGGUGAUAAUCAGAGUUCUAGCCUUGUUUCGUCCGAUAAGCUUGCCAAAGGGAGUCUAUUAAACAUUGAACAAUCGCGCAGCAAGAAUAUCUCUCUCGAAAGGCGAUGGAGUCUUGAGGUGUCUAUUGAGAAAGUAAUAGCCCAUGAUUCAACCGAUUCUAUAUUGGAAGGUAGUGAAAAGAUCCCCAUUUUGGAGCGCGAGUAUAUGCAAGGUGUAUUAAUAAGUGAGGUAGUUUUAAAUAACAGCUUUUCGAAUUUGUCUAGAAGGGCAAAACGGCUGCAGAAGAAGCUCGCCAGAGAGAUUAAAAGACCCGGUGAAGCCAUCAUUAAAGGUCACCGGAGCUAUGAUCUGAUGCUUAGUCUGCAGCUUGGAAUAAGGUAUACUGUGGGAAAGAUUACCCCGAUACAGAGGCGAGAAGUUCGAGCAUCGGAUUUCGGUCCUAGAGCAAGUUUUUGGAUGAAUUUUCCUAAAGAAGGUUCUCAGUUAACUCCUCCUCAUCAAUCUGAUGACUUCAAAUGGAAAGAUUAUUGCCCAAUGGUGUUCAGAAACUUGAGGGAGUUGUUCAAGAUUGAUGCUGCUGACUAUAUGAUGUCGAUCUGCGGAAACGAUGCUCUGAGGGAACUAUCAUCUCCGGGGAAAAGUGGUAGUGUCUUUUUCCUGUCUCAGGAUGAUCGUUUCAUGAUCAAGACGCUUCGAAGAUCUGAAGUAAAGGUUCUUCUAAGAAUGCUUCCGGACUAUCAUCAUCACGUGAAGUCAUACGAUAAUACCCUCAUCACGAAAUUCUUCGGUCUGCACCGAAUUAUACCUUCGAGUGGUCAAAAGUUUCGCUUUGUUGUGAUGGGAAAUAUGUUUUGUACAGAGCUAAGGAUCCAUAGGAGAUUUGAUUUGAAAGGUUCAUCCCUCGGACGCUCUUCGGACAAGAUAGAAAUCGAUGAGAAUACAACUUUGAAAGAUUUGGAUCUCAACUACUGCUUCUAUUUGGAACCUUCUUGGCGCCAGUCUUUGCUAAAGCAGAUUGAGAUCGACAGCAAGUUCUUGGAAGCACAGCAUAUAAUGGAUUACAGCCUUCUACUCGGCGUUCAUUAUCGAGCUCCACAGCAUCUCCGUCCUCUCACAUCAUACAACCGUAGCAUAACUGCUGAUGGAUUAGCAAGUCUUGCUGAGGAAGAUCCUCUAGAGGAUGAAGUAUCAAGCUAUCCCCAAAGCCUUGUUUUGGUCCCUAGGGGAUCAGAUGAUAACAGUGUUGUUGUAGGAUCACACAUCAGAGGUAGUCGACUGCGCGCUUCGGCUGCCGGCGAUGAGGAGGUGGAUCUGCUUCUUCCAGGCACAGCAAGACUACAAAUCCAGUUAGGAGUAAACAUGCCAGCAAGGGCAGAGCAAAUUCCAGGAAAGGAAGAGAUGCAAACAUUUCAUGAGGCUUAUGAUGUGGUGCUCUACCUGGGCAUAAUUGACAUUUUACAGGACUACAACAUGUCCAAGAAAAUUGAACAUGCCUACAAAUCGAUUCAGUUUGAUUCGAUUUCAAUCUCGGCCGUUGAUCCCGGAUUCUACUCCCGUCGCUUCUUGGACUUCAUUCAGAAAGUGUUCCCACCAAAUGAAACUCUAGCUGGUUGAUUUUCAACCAAAUCAUUGUUUGUUUAGUCCAAAAAUUUGAACAUUGUCACAUAUUUUGUUUUUGUGCAUUUUGUCUAUAAAUUUUAUAUGGUUGGUGGCCACAUAGGUAUUGUAUUCAUAGAGAUAGCUUUGUGACUCAAAUUUAAUGCUUUGAAGCUUGAAUCAUGAAAUGGAUAAUAUUGGAUCAUUUUUACCCUCCAUGAUUUUUU